UGAUUCAUCUGCAAUUCAAGAAUCGUAUAUUUGUCAAGAGCAAACGUGCCAAGGUUCCUUAGCAAAGGUGAUUGUUGUUUAAGAUGGGGCAUAAUCGUGAGUCACAAUAUAAAUUGAAGUACCUGAUCGUUUUGAGUAAAUUCGUCGUCCAGUUCGUUGAGGUAGCCACAAUGAAGUCGUUCGGAGUGUUGAUCCCGACGAUGUUAGAUGUGUUCUCAACUGAUGCCUCGUCACUUGUGUCACUGGGCCUAGCUUGUAGCAUGCCGGUUUCCAUGAUGGCGUUUGGAGCUCUACCUAUGGCGUAUGUACUCAAGAGUGCUUUUGUCUCACCUCGAGCGAUGGCUGUUACGGGAGCUAUUACAUCGUCUUUAGGAAUCAUCAUUUCUGGUUACCUGACUUCUGUAUUUGCUCUGGGAUUCUGCCUUUCACUAACAGGAAUAGGACUCUCAAUGGUAUAUAUACCAGUUAAUGUCUUACUCAACGACCACUUCCCGGAGAAUUUCGUUCUUGUGAAUACGAUCGCCCUUCUCGGAAGCACGGUAGGUUCUCUGGUCGUACCGUUCUUCGUCGAGAGGGCGCUACGCGCAUAUGGAUUCAGUGGUGCAAUGCUUAUUCUCGGAGGUAUCAGCAUGUAUGCCAUUCCUACCAGUGUUUAUCUCAAGCAGAUUGAAAGAGCAGUUGGGAAGGGUUCAGAGACAUCCGAAAGCACUGCGAAGAAGAGCAGUGAUUAUCUCAGAGAGUCCGCAAGAACAGUCGAGAGAUGUCAGACUUUAACAAAGAGUGCGGAGAGAACCACUGUUUCUCCCAGACAGCCCACAAGAGCCGAGGAACAGGGCCGACAGACAACCGUGAAGAUGGCAAAGACAGUUGACGGUUGCCAAAAGCCUUUAAUCGACGGUGAUGACUGCGAUCAUGAAGUGACUGAAAUCGACGAUGAACAACCAUGCAACAUUCUAAAACAAACAGACAAACCGCAAAAUCAAGGAAAGCAGAGUUUGUUGGUUCGAUUGCGGCAUUCGCUUCAAGGAUGCAUCAUCCUACAAGAACCUCUCUUAUUACUGUCAUUACCGUGCCUUCUACUCUCAGCAGUUAUUGUAAAUUCAUGGUUUCUAUUCCUUGUUCCUCGGGCGGUAUGGCAUGGAAUACCUGUCUCAAAAGCCGUCUUACUAUCAUCUCUAGCCGGCGCGGGAGGGCUCAUCGGACGGAUAAUCUCCAUCAUAGCUCUCUUUUUCAAAAUUGACUUCAUUUUAGUUUUCCUGAUCUUUGGCGUGAUAUCAUCAACUGUUUUCUUACUCGAUCCACUGUUGACGUCAUUCCCUGUCAUGUGCGUCGCUGCCUUCCUUCAGGGAGUGUGUAUCUUCAACUUUGUGAUUUCUUACGCUGCACUCCUCAAGGGUUCCGUCUCAAAUGAGAACUUUACGGUUGGCUCUGGAAUCUUUGGUUUUGUUGCAGGCCUUGGUGGCAACCUCGGGAGUCUAAUGUCAGGUGCGAUCAAAGAUAAGACGGGAUCCUACACGUCAGUCUUUCUUACUCUUGGAGUUAUUAACUGUCUAGUAGUGUUUCUUACCAUCGCCUUCCUUGUCGCUCGACAUAGGUGGAAUCGUCUAAAAUCCUAGAGAAGUGGAAACAAAAAGCCAGAGGGGAGUUGACGACCUUAAUUUUGUUUAAAACGAUGAUCCUGGCCAUUGCCUUUCUUCUUGCUCGACAUAGGUGGAAUCGUUUCAAGUCCUACGGAAGAGAAGGCAAACAGUCAGGGGAUGGUUGACGACCUCAUUUUUAUUUCAAAUUGAUGUUCCUGGCCAUUGCCUUUCUGUUGCUCCACGUAGACGGAAUUGUCUAAAAUCCUUGGUAAGAGGAGGCAAAAAGCCGGAGGGUA